UCCCCAUUUUAAAGAUUUGGAAUUGAGGUAUAGGCUAGGUGACUUGCCCAAAGUAACACCAUAAGUUUGUGGCUGAGCUGGGAACUGAAUCCAGAUAUGUCCUACUCCAGUGCUUUAACCACAAGGCCAUCUGCUCGAUAGAAAGCAAAUAAAUUAUCUUCUUAAGAAACAUGACCCCCCCCCUGUUUUUUGCAGCUAAAUUUUGGAUGUUUUUCUUAAACAGCUCUUCUGGUGUCUCAGACCGGUUCACUCGAAUCCUUAAGCAUGUCCUAACACAGAGAAGUUAUUACCCACUCUACCCUCCCUCGGAAGAGAUGAACAUUGAUUAUGAGAACUUCUAUAAUUAUGUACCUUGGCCAGUCACCCCGGAUAUCCUCAUUACUCCAUCUGAGCUGAGAUAUUUUGUUAAGGAUGUUUUAGGCUGUGUCUGUGUGAACCCAGGACGGCUCACCAAAGGCCAGGUGGGGGGGACCUACAGCCGCCUGUACAUACAGAGGCAUGAUCCAGAGGAAGAACGAAAGAGUCCCUGCAUUGCUGCCCAAGUUGUCAAAAUCUAAAGAGACUCUCUGUACUCUGACCUUAAAGCAGAGUUGCUGACCUGGAGUUUGGUAGGGGUUCAACUCACCAUGUUGGACUUCUGUUGGAUUUGGUCAAAAGAUGCCAGGGUGAUCUGGUUAAGGUGCUCUGAGAGCAGUGAGAUACCUUCCCUUUUCUCAGGACUGCUGCUUUUGAGAGUGCUGUGCAUAGCAAAUUAAACAUUGUAUUGAAGUUUUUUUAUGAAUCUUCAGCCUGUUGCAAUCAAAUACAAAUCUUGUCAAUGCAAGUUUAUACCCAGAGCCCUGACUUGGAUCAGCUUGUCUUCCAUUGUAAUUUGACAAGAAGAAAGUUGCCAGACCUUAAAAGUGAACUGCAAUUAAAAAACACCUUGAGUUUUAAGAGUUCAUGCUUACAGCUUUGUUUCUAAGCUGUCCCUUUAGUUUUGUCAGAAUCAGCAGAUGCUUCUGCUCAAGGUGAACCUGAUGUUCUAUUUUCAGAUCCCACUGUAGUUGACACUGGAUAUUUGUGUCUGUUAGAUAAUAUGGCCCUCAGCACCAGUGUACAUCACAGCCAUCUCCCUGUUUCACAGAUAGGGAAUUGAAAUACAAGAUAGAUUGUGAUUUGCCUCAGUUCACACAGCACGUAGCAGAGCCGGGAGGAGAAACCAGUUCUGAAUCUCAUUUUAUUCCCUUAUCCGUUAUAUCACUCUGCCUAUCUUAGUUAAUAUCCAGACUUCCUGGACUAGGGAUGUAAGUGACUAGUUG